AUGAGGAGGGCGGAGGCCCAGGCCUUCUAUGGAGAGUUAACUCAGCACCCACUCCAAGGUUGCCACCAAGAAGGACAACAGCAGCAGCAGCAGCCUUCCCGAGGACAGGCAGCCAGCCAUCAGUACAGAAAUCAGGGUGUGCACAAAGCCCACUUCCCUGGUGUCAAUGCUGCUGCACUACUGGAUCUGCCUCUUGAGGUCAAGCUGCCCGUGAUCCCUGGGAGCAAUAAUUUAUACUAUACGACGAAGUUAAAUAAAAAGCUUUUUCAACCUUCUUAUGGUUUUAAUCUGACUGAUCCUUAUUGUCGACUUUUGGACACCCAAUAUAAUAGUCUCCAUGAUCCACACUUAAGAACGUACCAUUCACGUGAAGAUAUCCGGAGGAGAUUAAGGAAAGGAGGCUACAUCACCCGCAAUAAUGAAGUUAUAUGUAGCUUGAAGGAGUUUAACCAGUACAGGCAAUAUCUUACAAGUCUGAAAUUAGACUUCGAAAGGCACUACUUCAAAGAACAAGAAAUGCUUGCAAAACAAAUAAAUAAAUUUCAAGUCAACAAUCAACUACAUAGACUUUCUGGUGCUGCACAGCCCCAAAACUGGUUUUUAUGGGAGGAUGUCCAAUCUUUUAAGGACCAGGAGCCAUUAAUAAGGCCCAGGUAAGAUGGAAG